AUGGUCCGGGUGCUCGAGGACAACUUCGAGAAGGACGUGGCCCGCGACUUCGAGCAGCUGCGCAAGGAGAUGUACGACAACAAGCUGUGCGAGCUGCACCAGCCGCUCAUCCACGUGUACCUCAAGUCAAACCAGUACUUCAUCACGGCGUGCCGCCCGCUCGCGCUCGCCGUGUUCAAGAAGUUCAUCGCCACCGACGACGCCCGCAUCACACAGGUGCUGCGCAAGUGCAUCAACGCCGCCAAGGAGACCAUCUCCGUGCUGCGCCACCUCAAGCUGCUCAAGCUGCUCAUCACCUUCGACUACUGGCACACUCACUUCCUGUUCAACUCGAUCCUCAUCCUGCUCAUCACGCUCAACCUCGAAAACAACCGCGCAGCGCUCGCGCGCGGCAUCGACCUGCUCAAGUUCAUGGCCCUCGCCGGCAACCACGUCUCCAAGGACUCGCUCAACAAGCUGAUCCAGCUCGUGCGCAUCUUCAACGACCUCGGCUUCAACCUCGACUUCGACCUCACGCUGCCCAAGUUCGACGCGCCCUACGAGCCACAGACGGUCGACAGCCCCGAGGACAGCGUCGACAUCCAGCUCAUCCACCCUGACACCAACCCCCUGGACCAGAACAUCCAGGACCAGAUCGACCAGACAAACUUCCAGCUCCAGCAGCAGCAGCAGCAGCUCCACCACCACACAGAACAGCUGCCCUUCAUCUUCCCCAACCCAGAGGACUUUGCAGGCAAGCAGCCGCCGAGCAGCUAUCCGCAGGACGAGCUGUUCAACUCCAACUCGAGCUUUUUCGACAACCUGCUCAACAACAUGCAGACGUGGGAUCUGGCGCCCAGCUCGACCGGUCUCGACGCCAGAACGGAGGCGUCUCCCUCUCUGCAGGACCCCAUGUUCUCCUCGCCUCCCUUCGCGCCGCCCAACCAGACUCGUGCAGAACGCGAUCCGCUCAAGUCUAGACCGCUUACGUAA